UCCCUCUUACGGAAUAUAAUUUGAUUUGUCUUGUUUUAUUUAUUUUUUUGUAAUGUGUCCUUGAUAUUCUCACAUUAUCUCCAUAAAAUUUUUUACAUACACUAUUUAUGAUCUAGCUAUAUGUGCUAGUGUUGUUCACCUGUAUCUUUGUAUAUUGAAUUAUGUCAAUAUACAUCGUGUCUUCCGUUGCUCCUGGCAACAGAGAGACGCGGAGAAAAGGCAGUUUUGUCCGCCGUUCACAGACAAAAUGGCAGGAACCAAGCGUGAAGAAGUUGAAGAAACACUUAAGAGGAUCGAAGCCCAUAAAGGUGUGAUUGGAACAAUUCUCGUCAAUGCAGAAGGCAUUCCCAUCAGAACAACUUUAGAUCACCACACGACGGUCCAGUAUGUAAGACUUCUUCGCAACCUCACAAUGAUGGCCAGGAGCACAGUGAGGGACAUUGACCCUCAAAAUGACCUCACCUUCCUCCGCAUUCGCACCAAGAAACAUGAGAUCUUGGUUGCACCAGAGAACGACUAUCUGCUGAUAGUCAUCCAGAACCCAUGUGAAUAGCUUCUGGACAUUUCCAUGAGAGUCAGCCUUUGGUUUGUCACAUGGUGGUGCUUUAUCUAUAGGCAAAUAUCUUUUUUUCACUGUGGUAUUCUGCUUCGUGAACUGCAUAAUCCCUCUUCUGCUACUUGGAACUCAAGUAUGUUGCCUUAAUCUAGCCUAAAUAAUGCAUUGUUUGUUUUUUGAUUUUAUGUCUUUGUAUUGAUAUUGGAAUCUGUAAAAUAAAGCCGCUGGUGAUUAUACAAUA